AUGGGUUGCCAAAUAUUGUGUUAUUUAGGUCCCGACGGGGAGCACCACUGGUCCAAGCACUACCCAUUCUGUGGCGGAACAUUCCAGUCACCCAUAGACAUCCAGACCCAGCUGCUGAGGUUUGACCCUACACUACGUCCAAUCGAGCUCCAGAACUACAACCUCUCAGCCAAUGAGCAGCUGACCCUCGGGAACAAUGGACACUCCAUUCAGCUGUCUCUACCCAGGAGGAUGUAUCUGUCCAGCCUGCCUCACCGUUACACUGCUGCUCAACUCCACUUCCACUGGGGCUCAGAACACCUGCCUGUCGGAUCAGAACACACCGUCAACGGCAGACAGUUUGCUGCCGAGAUGCAUAUGGUGCUCUUCAACUCAGACAAGUACCCCAACAUCUCCGUGGCAGCAGACAAGUCAGACGGCCUGGCUGUACUGGGAGUUCUGAUAGAGGUCGGGGAAUUCAACCCAGCGUUCGCUCAGUUCCUCAAGUACAUCAAUGGUAUUAAAUACAGAGAUCAGAGGGUGCAGGUCCCAGCCUUCAACAUCCGCAGUCUGCUGCCUGUACUCUUGGAUGAAUACUACCGUUAUGAUGGCUCGUUGACCACUCCCCCCUGCUAUCCCAGCGUGCUUUGGACUGUGUUCAAAAACCCUGUCACCAUCUCACUCAAACAGUUUCUGGCCCUAGCAACGGCCAUCUACUCCUCCCACCAACAGGAGUCGGCCCCAGUGGCCAUGAACAGCAACUACAGGAAGCCACAGUACACGGACAACAGAGUUGUGCUCUGCUCUUUCCAGGGGGGCAGAGGACUACAGGGUGCUACUCAGACGGUCACCUCUCCGUUCCUGAGGAGGCAGGUCAUCAACCAGCUGUUAGAUGGAGACCUGGCAGAUCUGGCAGACCAGGAUGGGCUCAACCAGUUGUUAGAUGGAGAUCUGGCAGACCAGGAUGGGCUUAACAAGCUGUUGCCCAAGAAGCCCAGAGCACCGGGCAAGAAGUGGAAUGACCUCAAAAACUACCAGAAAGGCUGGACCCAGAGCCAUAUUGGGUCCAAGCACUACCAGAACACCGGGUCUCAGACCCAGAACAGCCUCCAGCAGCAGCGGUCGAAGCCCAAUAAGGUGCCAUCCGGGGGGGCAGGAGCUGCCAGAUUAGUCCCAUCUCCCUGGAAGAACCAACAGAACAGGCAACCUGUGUGGAAGUCAGGUCUGAGCGAGGACAUGCUGUGUUACGUCUCCUUGGAGCAGGACGUGUCUCGCCAGCUGAGCAGAGGGAGAUCCCCUACCCAUACAGACACCGAGCUGGUCCAGGCUCUCAGAGAAACUCUGUUCCCAGAGCUCAACCUGCGCAGCUACCUGGGCUGUAAGUCUGACCUGGCUCUGUUCACCAUCAGACAGCUCCUCCGGGGGAGAUCAGCCACAGAUGAGGCCCUGGAGCUGGACCAGGCCAUUGUCAAGGCGUUGGGGGGGACAGGGCAGAGGGGCUCCACAGCACAGCAGCAGACCAAAACUCUCUCCAAGCACCAAACAGGCUUCGCUCCUGCCCCUGCUGCCGUGCCUAAGAAACCCAAUCAGCCAAUCCCAUGGCUCCAGCCCAUGGAGUGGGAGGACUAGAGUCCAGCCAGAUGUGUAACCUUUAGACCCUGAAUCAUCAGCCUCACCCUCAGCUCAAUCUACAGUCGCGAGUGAAAAUUGACACAACCUUUGUGCUGUCAUCAAAAAAAAUGUUUCCUUAAAAUCUAGUGAUUUUUUUUCACCUAUCGAUCUACACAACCUACUCCACAUUUUUGAAAGUGAAAUAAAAAUCAUAGAAAAUGUUCAAAAUGACUAAGAAAUACAAAAUGAGGACGUAUUGGUUGUGUAUGUCUUCACACCCCAUAUUUGGUGGAGAAACAUUUGGCAGAAAUCACAGGUGUGAAUAAAUUUGAAUAUGAUUCUACCAACCUUACACAACUGUUUGGGCAGCAUGUCAAACCUCUAAGAAUAUAUUCACACCCCUUUAGUUUUUCCACAUUUUGUUGUGUUACAGCCGGAAUUUAAAAUGUAUCACAUUGAUGUUUUGUUUUACCGAUCUACACACAAUACCACAUAACGGCAAAGUGGAAUUUUGUUUUUAAUUAUAAUUUUUGUAUCCCACAUUUUUCAGUCAAUAUGUAUUCAACCUCUUUUGUUAUGGCCUAAAUCAGUUCAGGAGUAAAGAUGUGCUUAACAAAUUGCAUCAUGUACAGCAACAACCUGGGGAUAAAGUUACAGGGAUAAAUGAGCCGGGGAUAAUUAGGUGACCAUGAUGGUCAGAUUGUGAAUUUAGCCAGGACACCGGGGUUAACACCCCUACUCAUAAAAUAAGUGCCAUGGGAUCUAUAGUGACCACAGAGAGCCAGGACACCGGGGUUAACACCCCUACUCAUACAAUAAGUGCCAUGGGAUCUAUAGUGACCACAGAGAGCCAGGACACCCUGUUUAACGUCCCAUCCAAAAGACAGCACCCUACACAGGGCAAUCACUUCCCAGGGGAAUUGGGAUAUUUCUUUUUUAGACCAGAGGAAAGAGUGCCUCCUACUGGCCCUCCUACACCACAUCCAGCAGCAUCUGGUCUCCCAUCCAGGGACUGACCAGGACCAACCCUGCUUAGCUUCAAGAAGCAAGACUGCAGGGUGGUAUGCUGCUGGCAAAAGAGGGUCGAAAUUGCAUGGACUCACUCUGUGUUCAAUAAUAGUGGUUAACAUGAUAUUUGAAUGACUACCGCAUGAAGCUGGAUGAGAGAAUGCCAAGAGUGUGCAAAGCUGUCAUCAAGGCAAAGGGUGGCUACUUUGAAGAAUCUAAAAUUAUUCUUAGUCUUAUUUCAUAGUUUUGUUGUCUUCACUAUUAUUCUACAAUGUAGAAAAUAGUCAAACUAAAGAAAAUCCCAUGAAUGAGGUGUGUCCAAACUUUUGACUGGUACUGUAUAUACUAGCUGGUGUCAGAGGAAGGCCCAAAAAAUUGUCAAAGACGCCGGUUACCCAAGUCAUAGACUACCGCACAUCAAGCGGUGCCAGAGUACCAAGUCUAGGACAGAGGGUUACUGGUACAGAGUCAAUGUGGAGGCUAUAUACAGGGGGUACCGGUACAGAGUCAAUGUGGAGGCUAUAUACAGGGGGUACCGGUACAGAGUCAAUGUGGAGGCUAUAUACAGGGGGUACCGGUACAGAGUGAAUGUGGAGGCUAUAUACAGGGGGUACUGGUACAGAGUCAAUGUGGAGGCUAUAUACAGGGGGUACCGGUACAGAGUCAAUGUGGAGGCUAUAUACAGGGAGUACCGGUACAGAGUCAAUGUGGAGGCUAUAUACAGGGGGUACUGGUACAGAGUCAAUGUGGAGGCUAUAUACAGGGAGUACUGGUACAGAGUCAAUGUGGAGACUAUAUACAGGGGGUACUGGUACAGAGUCAAUGUGGAGGCUAUAUACAGGGAGUACCGGUACAGAGUCAAUGUGGAGGCUAUAUACAGGGUAUUACGGUACAGAGUCAAUGUGGAGGCUAUAUACAGGGGGUACCGGUACAGAGUGAAUGUGGAGACUA